AUGCGCUUCAACCAUGUGACAGUUUGUCUGAGCUAUCUGUUGGGAUCGACUCUGGCCAAUGUGGUAUUCAGAAACGAGCAUCUUGCUAUACGCCAGGACAGCACCGACUCGCUGCUUCCGACUCUCUCAGGCUCGGCUUCUGUCUCAACCACGCUGCUCGCCAACCCACAAAACCCAUCAUCAAGCGCAAGCGAGAGUACCAUCCGCUCCUCAAGGACAUCCGAAGCUACCACUGAUACCACGGCCAGUGCAAGAGACUCGGUCGCAACAACACAAACACCAUCACCGACGGUCUCGGAUGCAAUCGCUUCAUCUACAAGUAUCAUACCUACCACUACUGCCACACCUUCAACAAAUGGCACUUCCGCCCAAGAUGACUCAGCUCAAGCACUUCCACUGCCUCCUCACAUUACCCCAGCUUUGUCAAUCGCAGGCGUUUUCCUUGUACUCACUGGUGUUGUCUACGGAGUCAUUGGGGUCAAAAACCAAUGGAUACAUGUCUUCCUAUCAACAGCUUAUCUGGCCAGUGUAGCAGUCGUGGUUCUGAUCAUUUAUGUGGUUAAUCCUCCAAUCAACAAUGCACUUCAAGGCGCCUACUUCGUCGGAGUUUUUAUGUCUGGAUUGAUUUUCGGUGGCGGAGCACUUGUUUUCAAGGAGAUGACCGAAGGUCUUGGGUGUCUGCUUGGAGGCUUCUGUCUGAGCAUGUGGUUCUUGACUCUCAAGGCUGGUGGCCUCGUCACAAGCACGAGCGGUAAAGCAAUUUUCAUCGCAGUCUUCUGCCUUGUUUGCUGGUCAACGUCGUUCAGUCAUUACACUCGACCUUAUGGUCUGAUAUUUUCUACUUCAUUUGCCGGCGCGACUGCACUGGUAUUAGGUAUCGAUUGCUUUUCAAAAGGUGGUUUGAAGGAAUUCUGGGUCUACCUAUGGGAUCUGAAUGAUGACUUGUUUCCCUUGGACACCAAUACAUACCCGGUCACCCGCGCCAUACGGGUCGAGAUUGCCAUCAUCGUCAUUGCGACCAUCUUCGGUGUCAUCUCGCAAAUCAGGCUCUGGAAAGUCGUUCAGACUCGACAGAAAGCACGUGAAGCUGCCGUAGUGGAAGACGAAAGACGUCGAAAUGCUGUUGAGGAGGCUCUGGGUCGUCAUCUAGAGCGACAGAAUGAUCGUGACAGAAGUGAAUGGGAAAGACGUUAUGAUGAUCGACGGGAUAUAGGAAAUGGUACAACUACAUGGUCUGAAGCUCACGGAGAUGAGAAGGCUUUUGCGAGUUCUUCUAUAACCGAGAUUGGGUCGAACGAACACCUGGGGUCAAAAGAAAGUUUAGAAAUGACCUCAAUGGCAGCAAAUCCUAACAAGCAGCUAUACAGCUCCAAAAGUAAGAGGCAGAGUAACAUUCCAGUCCACCCUAUCCAGGAAGUGGAGGAAGAAGAUCGUGGCUUGGAAAAGAGAGAUCACAAACACCGAUCAGUCGUCGAUGUGACAGGAUCGGAAGGGCUCCUACCACGUCUUGAUACAGAAGACUUCGGCUUCGGGCGUGACUCGCCAAAAUCACCCAGGAUAGAACAACACGAAUUGACUAAGAACCCAUCCAGGGAGAGCAUGCUACAAGACGAGUCUAUAUUGUCACUGCGACCACAAAAUUCUAAGCCAGCUUCCAACAAGACCGCACACAGACUGCAAGUUGGGGAAGCAGAGGCACGUCCUAAGAAGCGCAAAUCGUUGGAACUUUUGAACGAUCUGAGGAGACGCUCAAUUCAAUCGCUCCGGUCGAGAAGCCCGAUGGACCACGAUAAAUCACUGCAUGAACACCGCACGGAAUCCAAAGAAGCACUAGUAAGACCCACAAGCAUCGCAACACGCAGUCGUGCAUCAUCUGUGGCAGCAACAUUAGAUGAAGAAAACGAGAAGUUGGAUCUGCAACCCCUCGAGUUCGAUGAACUCGUGCGAUACGGUAGUCGACCACCACAGAUAGUUAUCUCGCCUUCACAGAACUUUAGUUUUACCGAACAGUUGCAAGCCGGACUUCCAUCUUCACCGUCUGCGCUGUCGGAGUCGUUCGAAGCUGAUCCAGAAGCAAUUGUCCGAUUGCCUGAUGUCAAAGUUCAUGGGUUUGAUUUAGAUCUGUCAGGAAGGUCUGCAGGCGAUACAAAUCAGACCUCCAUCAAUGAGAAUUUGACAAGAGAUGCUUUACAGCGCGUGCCGAGCCAGACAUCGAACGUCGUCAUGUCGUACCGCACAAACGAAUGGGCAAAGCAUAUCGCCACAGCCGAUGCACCCAUAUAUGAAGAGCCAGAAUCAGCAGUUGUUCGUGACAACGAAGCAGCAAUGCGCCUCGUGGCUACUACACCGAUACAGAACUCGAGCAUAGAGUCUUCCACGAAAUUGGAGUCUCCUAAAACUGCUCCUGCUCCUCCCUUAGACUUGAAGGUAGAUACCGACCUCCAGGCAGCAAAAUCAAUCACUUCCACACCAACGUCUGAGCACGAACUACUGACAACACCCCUCGCCCAACUACACAAAGAUACUAGUCUCUCCAGGGUGGCAUCGGAUGCUUCUACUAGAAGUCCUCCUCGACGAUCGUUUACUGACCCGGUACAACAAGCAGCCACAGAACAGCCACACCAGGCCAAACAGACUCGGAGGAUAUCAAAUCCCCUACAAAGACAGGCUAGCGUCAUUCAGCACAGCACUAUCGAUGAGAAUGCUGUGACAGACUUUGUGCCCAAACUCUACGCCCCAAAACGGGCCUCACCAAACAUGAACAAUAUAGGACCCUAUCAACAUUUCUACACAUCGCAAAGCUCUUCGCAGAUCGACCUGACACGUUCUGGCUCUAACGGGUCAAGCAAGCAGCAGUAUCCAUCCGCGUUCACACGCAGCCCCAGUGCGGCCCAAGGCAGUUUUGAUAAUCAAGGAUAUGCGGCACGAAGCAAUUCUCCAUACGAUGGUCACCACCCAACAGCCCUACGUUCAGAAACACGUCUGACUGAUUAUGGCUCAAAAUCUCAUCAACCACUACAACGCAACAACACCAACGAAUCACGACGGGAGAACAUGCUGGCUGAUUGGCGAAUGCAGCUUGGACAAACACAAAAUACACAAGGUUUUCCACAAACCAUGGCUCCAAAUCCAUAUAGCCAGCAGAUGCUAGACUAUCAGACAGAGAAAACACGCAAAGAGCAGCAAAAGCACCAGAGAGCCAGACAGGAGGCUGCUCUAGAUCAAACUAUGAGAACACAGGGAAUGAUCGAUGCACACAAGGAAGUGCUGAAAAGAAUGCAAAGUCAGGCCAACAAAAAAUUGGCUGACAAGUGA